AUGAAUGAUGGUACACUCGUCAUUCGUGAAGAGAAGUCUGUCGUCAAUCUUGUCGAUUCUCAAGAGAUCCUGUCACCUCGUCUGGCCAUUCUUCGCCUCCGCCCUCUGCGCCAAAAACCCAUCAGUAUCAUCAACUGCUACUCACCAAUAUCAGCAGCUGAUGAACCCGAAUUAGACGCAUUUUACGAGGAGCUGGAGGAGGUAAUCCGCAACGAGAAGUCCUUCUACAAAUUCGUUGUCGGAGACUUCAACGCAAAACUAGGAAAGACCACAGAAGAGGAAUACAGGAUUGGAAGAAGACCAGGGGACCUGAAUGAAAAUGGCAAAUGUCUCGCCAGGCUAUUGUCCGCCGCUCUCCUCUUUCAUGGGAACUCUCUUUUCAUGAAAAAGAUCAUCGUCGGUGGACAUGAGAAUCGCCCAAUGACUCGUGCGGAGAUCGACCACAUACUCACCAACCGGAGGUGGUGUCUAUUCGACGUCUCAGCAGUAUCAUCCUUUUGUAGUGGUUCUGAUCACCGUCUCCUUCCUGCGAAAAUACGGUCUAGCCACACGAUGGAAAAGAACAUCUGUUAUCGGCAACGAAGGAGAAAAGAAGUCGAGGAUUGCGUACUAGAGGACUCCUUGUCCCAAGGUGACUGGCACAUCGAGGAGGACCCACACGUGGACUAUGAGAUGCUGUUCAGGGGAUUACGAGUCUGUGCUGAGCGUGCCUCGAAACCACGCACGACAAACUUGGAUCGAAUUCCGAAGAACACCAAGGAAUUGUUGGAAAGAAGAAGGGUUUUGAGGCUUGAUCCGAAUGCAUCGCACCUUGAGCGGUUAGUAGCAAACACUAGCUGCAGAAAAGCGUUGCAGGAGGACCUUUUGAAUUACAAGCAAAAGAUUCUGGAAGCAGCACAAAGAAAAAUGAGUCUAAAGAUAUGCUGCCGGGAUCUCCGGGAAUAUAAUAUUCCGCUUGCAGCCUUGCUGACCGAAGACGGAACUCGCGCGCCUUCUCAUUGUGAGAUGGAAAUCAUCACGGAGAGGUUCUACUCGAACCAUUUCCGUUCAUCAACACCUGUGUCAAGCUCGAUCAUUCCCACUGGUGAAGCUCCACCACCAAUUCUCCCGACGCUGGAUGAGACCCAGCCUCAAGAACAAGCUGGAUUCCGCCAGGGGUUCAGCUGUUUGGACCACAUCCAGACCGUGUCGAGGGUCAUAGAGAUAUCAUGGAAUGAUUUGCUAUUUGCUGAGCUGUCAAAAUCGGUGAAAUUGACUGACACCUCGGUGGUCUCAGUGAUGAACCUUAGCUACUUUGAACAAUUAGCACUGCUUAUUUCUAAAUUCCCUUCACGAACUUUGGCUAAUUAUUUGGUGGCGGUAACGGCUAAGCAUUUGGAACCAUUCGUUUACGAUGAUCGAAUUCAGCCCAGGUGGCCCAUCUUCACUGGACGUGCGGGCCCCAGUAUCUCUUCCACUCGUUUCAUUCCCUCGCCGUUGUCAUCCAAGAUGUUCUCAAGUGUCGUGAGUGACGUUGACGAGGUCCUUGAGCCGUAUUCAGCUGAGCUCUCAGCUGGUCCAUCUGUGUAG